CUGGCGCGAACUUUGAAAGUGGUAACAUUUUUUCACGUGGUUUAGGAAUUCUUCGACUUGCUCUUUUGUAGGGUGUAUUAUACUGUGAUUAUCAUCCUAUCCUGUACAUCGGGAACAUCUCACCACGAAACAUAAGAAAAAACUUAUUUUCAUUCGACGGACAAUUACCAGUUCGUAUUGUACCUAUUGCGGACUUAAGUCGUAAAUAGGUCUGCAAUUUAUUAUAUACUCACAGUCUCUAAUCCUAGUAUUAACCAGGUUAAUACUUAAUAACAUUUAAUACUCAGAUAUUAUAUUUAAUUUAACGAGCACUGUGCUCACUUUUAUUCAUAUCAUGUCCAAUAACUCCAGUAAAAGAGGAAUUUCACCAACUUCUAAGCCAAAUAAAAGGUCCAAAUCUGUAACCCCUACAACUGACGACUCAGUGCUUGACAAUGUCGAACCUUUAACUACUGAAAAAUAUAUGCAUUGUACACAAAUGUCCCUAUCGUCACCAGAUUCUCCAUGUCGCAGCCCCUCUAUCUUUACGUGCAGUAUGCCAACGGUAAGACUGGUUGACAUACAAGACACUAUACCUACGUGCAUUGAAAAGUCAGCACAGUCUACUAAACAGUAUGUGCUACCAAGGCCUAAGUCUAAAAUUUCAAAAACUAAAGAGUCCAAUGGUCCACCUCAUACGCACCAAAAUACUGAUAGAUAUAGUAAUGACAUCCGACAGCUACAAAACUCUCUAUCCGAAAUUAACGGCAAACUUGAGCAAUUAGCACCCCUCACUCAUAUAUGGGGCCUUGAUACAGACAGAAAUCUUGAGCAACUCACUAAAGCUGAGUGUAUUUUGGAGUUUGUGGCUGAAGAAGUGACGAAGAGAGUAAUGUCCUCCUUCAAUGCAGUUGUGUAUAACCUCCCCGACCGCACACACCCAUCUAAGUUAAGAGAUAUUUGCCUUAGAGCAUGCGGUAUGCCGAACGUUAACUGCAAAGUCAUCCGCCUUAGAAAAAAGUCAGACAGAUCAACUUGCCCCCUCUUGUUUAUGUUUGGCUGUUGUAACGAUGCUAAGCAGUUUAUUGAUUUGAGCAAAAACAUUAGCUCACUAAUUCCAUACAAAAAUAUAAAAGUCACUCCAGACCUUACGCCCUGUCAACGUCGUGUAAGAAGACGCGAAGCGAUAGAAUUGA